AUGGAUGUAAAAUGCCCAGGAUGCUAUAAGAUCACUACUGUAUUCAGCCAUGCACAGACGGUUGUCCUUUGUGUAGGAUGCUCGACAGUCCUGUGCCAGCCCACAGGUGGAAAAGCCAGGCUCACAGAAGGUAACUGUUUCUAA